AAUCCAAGCGAUGCAAUACCAAUAAUAUUGCAAUGGUUUGUUCAAAUGUUGUUUGGACAGUCACUCAUCAUUAUUUUGACUUUGAAUUUGGGUAUUCGCCUCCUUCUCCUCGGUAUUGAGUUCCUAUCUGCUUGGCGUCACCGAUGAAGUGAUGGAAGAUUUAUCCUCCGGUGGAUCUCGUCACUCAGCGCGUGUCAAGGACAACGAGGUGAGGCGUGUUCUAGACGACGCUACCCGAUCGCGUCGGCAACGCAGGCAGCUGGAGAGCUUGGAGAGGGACAAUUUCCACGAGGACCCGCACAGCCAGUUUGUGCAGAAGAAGCUGCCAUCUUUCAGCGAUGGAGAAACACCAAGCAAGAGCAAGAAGAGGCAGCGUGCAAGUAGCCAGUUCAAAAUGAAAGUUCGCAAGAAUUUUGCAGGCCUCUUGGAGGAUGUGCAAGCCCAGUACCAGCAACAACCGCAGCCUGGGGAGGGAGAGCGGAAGAAACCGACAUACUUUACUGCUGCCGCACCAUCGCCUCGGCUUCCCAAGAGACGGUUUUGCUCAGUUUGUGGGUUCCCGUCCACGUAUACAUGUCCGUCGUGCGGCGCACGCUACUGCUCCUCGCGCUGCCAGAAAACCCACCAGGACACACGAUGUUUGAAAUGGACAGCAUAGAAGCCGACAAUGCCGUCUUGUUCUUGUCAGCAUUGCGUCGCCAACGUGCUUGACCUAGCGUACUCUUCGACGCCGGUUCCAGUUCUCCAGCCUCAUGGAAACCGCACCAGGUGGUAGUGUCACAUUUCCCGGGCCUAUUUGUGUUCAUUUGUCAAGCGUCGUCCUUUGCUGACAUUGCCCAAGUAAGUGAGUGUAGAACUUGGCUGAGUUGACCUGUACUACUUGACUGUGUGUCACACAUGGCAUCAUUACUGGCUGGUAGCAGUCAUGUGACACCCCAUCUUUUGAAUUUCAGCACUGGGGUGUGCGUCGCCGCCACUACGGACUCAGCGCUGUCGUGGUGGCAUCAGCCAAAGCGUGGCUUCGCUUGCCACCACGAUAACCAGUGUGGCACACACACACCACCACGACCACCACGGUGUUGGCCACUCAGUCCCAGGUUAUGUUGUAGUCACCCGGUCCAGGUGUUCCGGAGUAGCAAGCAAAUGUGUAUGUUGUUGCUACUGCCACUCACCGCUGUUACUGGGUAUGAUGCUGUUGCUGCUGGCAGUGACCAUGCUCAUUGGUAAUACUCCUGUAUUCCCUUGCUGUACUUGAGUGAUCCAUGGAGGUCUAGAGCCAAGUGCUUACUGUUCAGGCAUUUUAACUUCUCGCCUGUAUCAAGUGCCAUGCUGUACAGGACUACAGGUACACUGGAGCUUAAACUAGACUCCGCUCCGCUCUUCCCGUGCUGUUUGAUGUUAGCCAUUGAUGGUAGGCUUUAUUUUGUCAGUGGUUUGUUUGCCGGGUGUGCAGGAUUUAGUGCCACCUAUUGCCUUAGCUGAGGUAACUUAGUUAUGAUCUGCGCUGUACUGUACCUGCUCAUGCCUCUUUCACUCCUUUUUUUCAUUCCAAAUGUACCAUUCCUCUCUCCUUCUG